UUGUUUCACCUGCCUAUCUUUGUUUAAUUCUAAAUUGUUUUUCUUUGGACGAACAGGAAUUCAAUGUUGAUUGGCAAAAAGCAGCUGCUACUCUUCUUGUCGCCAUAGGUUCACAUGAUCCAGACUUGAUGAUGGAGGAAAUAUUUCUUCACUUCUCUGGACCAACUUCUGCUUUGCCCACCCUGUUACAGAUACUUGCAGAUUUUGCCUCAGCUGAAGCCUUGCAGUUUACCCCACGGUUAAAGGACGUGCUUUUGCGUGUUUUACCUAUCCUAGGAAGUGUACGAGAUGGCCAACGGCCUGUUUUUGCAAAUGCAUUCAAGUGUUGGUGCCAGGCUGCAUGGCAGUACCUAGGAGAUGCCCCCUCUGAGCUUCCUUUUGACUCUGAUGUUAUGUCCUUCAUGAAUUCAGUAUUUGAAUUACUGAUAAAAGUAUGGACAGGUUCACGUGAUCUAAAGGUGCGGUCAUCCUCUGUGGAGGCUUUGGGAGAAAUGGUUGACUUGGUCACUAGGUCACAGUUGAAAUCAGCAUUGCCAAGGAUUAUACCAACAAUGCUGGAUCUAUGCAGGAAAGAUCAGGAAGUUGCUUUUGUUGCGUCUCACAGUCUUCACAACCUUCUUAAUGCAUCGUUAUUGUCUGAAAGUGGCCCCCCUUUACUUGAUUUUGAGGAGCUUACUGUUAUCUUGAUUACGCUUCUUCCAUUAGUAUCUGUCAAUAAUGGCAAAGAUGAGCAUUAUGUUUCAAAGGGAUUGAAGACAUACAAUGAGCUCCAGCAUUGCUUUUUGGUGAUUGGUUUAGCAUAUCCCGAGGAUCUUUGCAUGUUCCUUUUAAAUAAAUGCAAGUCAAAAGAUGAAGCAUCUAUUGUUGGGGCACUUAGCACAAUAAAACACCUAUUGCCCAGAUUAUUGGAAUCAUGGCAUACUAAACAAGCAUCUCUGGUUGAAAUCGUGAAAUCACUUUUAGAGCACCAGAGCUUGGGCAUACGUAUGGCGCUAGCUGAGCUAAUUGUUGUUAUGGCUUCACACUGCUAUUUGAGUGGGCAACCUGCUGAGCUGGCUGUUGAGUUCUUGGUGCGGCAUAGUGCUAUAACUGAUGAUGAUCUAAAUGAUCUUGGCACUCUAAAAAAUGAGUACUUCCAGGACAAAAGAUUUGAGAUGAAAGUAAGUCUUGCUGGCUUAUCAGAACUAAGAGCUGUAUGUGAAAAGGGUCUACUUUUACUAGCAAUCACCAUUCCUGAAAUGCAGCUUGUUCUGUGGCCAUUCAUCUUGAAAUUAAUAAUUCCGAAGAAGUAUACUGGUGCGGUAGCUACGGUCUGCAAAUGCAUAACUGAGUUGUGUAGGCACAAAUUGUCGCACAUGAACCCACUAUAUACUGAAUUUAAUGCAUCAAACGAUACCCCCAAUCCUGAGGAUUUAUUUGCUCGUUUGGUUGUGCUUAUGCAUAAUCCACUUGCUAGGGGCCAACUGGCCACCCAGAUCCUGACGGUUCUGUGCUACCUGGGUCCACUUUUCCCCAGAAACCUUUCUUUAUUUUGGCAAGAUGAGGUCCCUAAGAUGAAAGCUUACAUCAGUGAUCCUGAAGACCUUAAGCAAGAUAGCACAUACCAGGAAAUAUGGGAUGACAUGAUAAUAAAUUUUUUAGCAGAAUCUUUGGAUGUUGUGAAUGAUACUGAGUGGGUCAUUUCCUUGGGUGAUGCAUUUGCAAGGCAGUAUGAUCUGUAUGCUAUAUCUGACGAACAUUCUGCUUUACUGCACAGAUGCUUAGGAAUGCUUCUUCAGAAGGUUGACGAUAGGAUUUAUGUCAGCGAGAAGAUUGACUGGAUGUGUAGACACUCAAGCAUGUCUAUUCCCAUUAAUCGCCUUGGACUUGCACAAGGCAUCGGGCUGGUAAGGUUCCUCUCAUUUUUCUCAUUUGGUGCAAUUGCAAAAGUGGAAGAUGUGGAUGAUACAUACGCAGCAUUGGCAUUGAUGUAUGGUUAUGCUGCAAGAUAUGCUCCAUCAACUGUUAUCGAAGCCAGAAUUAAUGCACUUGUGGGCACUAAUAUGCUUGGAAGGCUGCUUCAUGUUCAGCAUCCUACUGCAAAGCAAGCUGUCAUUACUGCAAUCGACCUUUUAGGCCGAGCUGUUAUUAGUGCUGCUGAAAUGGGAAUAUCAUUCCCACUGAAACGAAGAGAUCAGUUGCUGGAGUACGUUUUAACUCUAAUGGGUAGGGAUCAAAAUAAUGAUCUCACUGAUUUCAACACUGAGCUUUUGCACACGCAGAGUCUUGCUUUAAGUGCCUGUACUACUCUUGUUUCAUUAGAACCAAGAUUACCAAUGGAAACAAGAAACCGUGUCAUGAAGGCAACAUUAGGUUUUUUUGCAUUGCCAACUGAGCCGUCAAGCAUUGUCGAGAGUCUCGUAACAAACCUCAUUAUUCUGUUAGGCGCCAUCUUGCUUACAAGUGGUGAAGAUGGUCGAAGUCGAGCAGAGCAGUUGUUGCAUAUUCUUAGGCAGCUCGAUCCAUAUGUAUCAUCAUCUUUGGAGCACCAAAGGAGAAGAGGAUGUGUUGCUGUACAGGAGGUGCUGAUAAAGUUCCGCAAUCUUUGUUCUGGUGGAUUUGGUGCAUUGGGCUCCUAUCCAACCUUCACAAUGAACAAACAAAUCAACCAAGGAGGAACUAGGAGCUUGUCAAGUUUGCCAUCUGCAUUCGUGUUGCCUAGUCGAGAUUCUUUAAGCAUGGGAGAGAGGACAAUGGCGUACCUUCCUCGUUGUGCUGAUACAGACGCUGAAGUUAGGAAAGUCGCAAUUCAGAUCAUUGCACUUUUCUUCAACAUUUCAUUGUCACUUCCAAAGCAGAAGGCAUAUGUGAAUGAUAUUGAUCUGGAAUCCUCGUAUAGUGCUUUGUCCUCCCUCGAAGAGUUAGUCUCUAUCGUCAAAAGGGAAGCAUCGGUUGACCAGACUGAAGUAUUUCAGAGAGUUGUCUCCUCAGUGUGUAUUCUAUUAUCGAAAGGUGAGCUGGUUGUUUUGCUACACUCUUGCACAUCAGCAACAUGUGAUAAGGUAAAGCAAUCAGCAGAUGCUUCCAUUCAAGCUAUUAUCAUGUUCAUAAUCAGGAGAGGCAAGGAGCUACGUGAAGCUGAUGUAUCGAGCCUAUUCAGCGCCACUGAGUCAGGUCUGACCAGGGGUCGCGCAGCAAAGCGCGCCCACCUGACGAAUUUGGCCUUCACUAGCGAUCUCCUAUCAUUUCAUUGUUGGAAGGUUGUGCGCGCUACCAAAAGAUAAAAGGAAUUCUCGCACGUCAAGCUAGCCGAGUUUCCUGUUGUGGCUCCUACAUCAAAUCUUGAGCAUCACUU